CGCCUUCCUCCUCCCGCCGCCGCCGCCGCCGCCGCCGCCGCUGCCGCCGCCGGGACGUGCGGCCUCGGGCGGCGGGGGCUGAGUCCGCGCGCGCCGCGCCCUCUGACUCCAGGUGGGGCAGAGGACUCGCCCCCCGAGCGUCCCGCGGAGCCGCCACUCCCACCCCCGGCCCCGGCCGUCUUGGGGUCUGGCGGCCCCGGGGGGCUCCUGCCUUGUAGGGCCAGCCCGAGUCCGCGGCAGCCGCGGACCCUCCCCUCGCCGGCCGCGGGCACCUGCCGCUGCAUCUGCCCCACGUCGCGUCCUUGUUCUGCCGCACGAAGGCAGAGCGCGCCCGGGUCCCGGUUUGCCCCGUUUGCCAACUCCAGAACCGUCCGACGCCCGGCGGCUCCUCAGUGGCGCCCUCGCCGGGAGACCCCUCAAGCCCCACACCGGCCGGGCCUGCCUAGGGGCCCGCGGGCCUGGCCUCCUCGCCCCUCCCGCUGCGUCCCCGGCCCCCCUCACCUCGCCAGCCGCCUCCGGGACCCUCCCCUCAGCCCCAGUCUGACCAGGGCCCCGUGGGAACCCGCUCCCCCGGGAUGUGAGCCCCGUGAACCUGGAAUGCUGUGGCUGGCCCUUGGCCCUGUCCAUGCCAUGGAGAGCCAGGUGCUGGUGAUUCGCAUCAAGAUCCCCAACAGUGGCGCGGUGGACUGGACAGUGCACUCGGGGCCGCAGCUGCUCUUCAGGGACGUGCUGGAUGUGAUAGGCCAGGUUCUGCCGGAAGCAACAACUACAGCGUUUGAAUAUGAAGACGAAGAUGGUGAUCGAAUUACCGUGAGGAGUGACGAAGAGAUGAAGGCCAUGCUGUCAUAUUAUUAUUCCACAGUAAUGGAACAGCAAGUAAAUGGACAGUUAAUAGAGCCUCUGCAGAUAUUUCCAAGAGCCUGCAAGCCUCCUGGGGAACGGAACAUACAUGGCCUGAAGGUGAACACCAGGGCUGGGCCCUCCCAACACAGCAGCCCAGCCGUCUCCGACUCACUUCCAAGCAAUAGCUUAAAGAAGUCUUCUGCCGAACUGAAAAAAAUACUAGCCAAUGGCCAGAUGAAUGAACAAGACAUACGGUAUCGAGACACCCUCGGCCAUGGCAACGGAGGCACAGUCUACAAAGCACAUCAUGUCCCGAGUGGGAAAAUAUUAGCUGUAAAGGUCAUACUACUAGAUAUUACACUGGAACUUCAGAAGCAAAUUAUGUCUGAAUUGGAAAUUCUUUAUAAGUGCGAUUCAUCAUAUAUCAUAGGAUUUUAUGGGGCAUUUUUUGUAGAAAACAGGAUUUCAAUAUGUACAGAAUUCAUGGAUGGGGGAUCUUUGGAUGUAUAUAGGAAAAUUCCAGAACAUGUCCUUGGAAGAAUUGCAGUCGCAGUUGUUAAAGGCCUUACCUAUUUGUGGAGUUUAAAGAUUUUGCAUCGAGAUGUGAAGCCCUCGAACAUGCUAGUAAACACGAGAGGACAGGUCAAGCUGUGUGACUUCGGAGUCAGCACCCAGCUGGUGAAUUCUAUAGCCAAGACGUAUGUUGGAACAAAUGCUUAUAUGGCGCCUGAAAGAAUUUCAGGGGAGCAGUAUGGGAUCCACUCUGACGUCUGGAGCUUGGGGAUCUCCUUCAUGGAGCUUGCUCUUGGGAGGUUUCCAUAUCCUCAGACUCUACAGCAGCGCCCGGCACUAGGCUGAGAGGAAAUGCGCUGGGGCUGCUCCUCGGGGUGCGUCAGCUCUGGCACCGGGACGUCGGGGAAGCAGAGAUGCCACAGGAAAGUGAAGCUAAUGCAGACACAGAUGUACUUAAAGGACUGGUGCAUGUGUAAAAAUAUCGUUCUUCUUUUGGCUACAAUUCCUGAUCUUGGUUAAUAAAUUACAUCAAAAUGACCUGAAGUUAAAAUAAAGGGGGGAGGAGGAAAUCUGAGCAAAUAGUGCCCCCGGUAUUGUAAAGCUUUGAAUGUUUUCACACCCCAUUAAUUUAUUACUUCUCUUUCUUCAUCUUUAAAUUUCAUUUUUUUUUUCAAAAAUUCCGGCUCCCCGCUGCUGCAGUGAUUUUCAUCUUGUUGUUAAUUUUCCCUGCUCCAUAUGGAGCUCCAGACAUUUCACCUGGAGGCUGUACUAGAUUUUGCUGUAGUGAUCGUGCUUCCGGAGGCCAAAACUGUCAUUUAGGGUUCCUGGUGCAUCUGUCUGCGCCAGGCUUUUCACUGGCAUGGGAGAGUGUGAAUAACAAAUUGGAUGCACCUGAGAUUCGGAUGAUUAGUGUGUUUUGUGAAUCUCCAUGACUUGUAAGCAGAUAGCUCUGGGGGCGGGGUGGGGGGGGCUCCACAGCGACCGCGGGUGAAUCUGUACUCACACCUUACAUUUGGGGCUUUGCAAGGGAACUGCAAACAUCCCAGGCAGCCCGAGUGCAGAGAGAGUAACAAAUAUUUCAUCCUGCCUUGUCAUUGAUUAGAAAAGAGCCUUUAAUUUCAUUUCACCCCAUGUUGUGAUUAAUUUGCAUUCUUUGUCAGAAGUUAAUGGAGUUUUUUAUGGUUCACUCUGAAAUCCUCGAAGACAUCAGACUUGAUCUGAUGUUUAUACAACCGCCAGCGGAAUUUUUUCGUUUGAUUGAUGGCAAGCUUGAUGUUAUUCCAAACGGCUUUUUAAGCUGUUUUUAAGAAUUAUUUGAAUAAAAUGCAAGCCAGAUAUUGUUGUAAUGAUCAAGAUUAUCUGUUAAAAAUCUGUUUCAAAUAAAGAAGAUGAUAAGUAGUAAAAAGGAUCAAAAAGAUAAGAGAAAUAGUGAGUAGUGUCGUUAUUUGUUAAAAAAAAUACAUAAGAAUGCCAUUCAAAUAAAUUAUGGCAAUAUAUAGAGAAGAUCACUUCUAUUGAAAAAGAAAAUGAACCAUCAUCUGGCCAAAUAGGAUAAUUAAGAUUAAAGUAAAAGGAAAGUCUGAAUCUUGGGCAUUAGAAACCUUUGCUCCCAAUUGGCUAAUUCUCCUUUAUUCUGCCAGCUUUGACUGCCAAUGUACGAAAUAGAGAUCUACUGUUCUUAACUCAAGGAGACAGGGUGGCCAGGGCUGUUAGCUAAACAAAAUGAUGACAUAUUACUUGUCUAAAAGAGGCAUUUGUAAAAGCCCAGCACAAGUUCAACAUAAGCAGAUAGCAAAGGGUUUUUAAUGUAUUGUGGUUGCUUUUCAUGUUGUUAAAAAAAAUUUUUAUUUAUUUGUUUGAGAAGUAGAGAAAUAGAUAGACAGUGAGAUCCCAUUUACUGCUUCAAUUUCCAAAUGCUCACAGUAGCCAGGGCUGGGCCCGGCCAAAGCUGGGAGUUCAAUCCAGGUCUCCUACCUGGGUGAAAGGGACCCAGCUACCUGAACCCUCACCUGCUGCCCCUCCCCAGGGUGCACUUUAGCAGGAAGCUGGAGCCAGGAGUCAGCAGGGACUCAAACCCACGAGCUCCAGUGUGAGACUCGGGCAUCCUAACCAGGGUCUUCACUGGUAGGUUGAACAUGCACCCCAAGACGUGCAUUCUUAGUGGUGUAAUAUGUGGCCUCUUUUUUUUUAAGAUUUAUUUAUUUAUUUGAAAGGCAGAGUGACAGAGAGGGAGGGAGAGACAGAGAGAGGGAGAUCUUCCAUCAGCUGGUUCACUCCUUAAAUGGCUACAACGGCCAGUGGUGGGCCAGUCUGAAGCCAGGUGCCUCUUCGAGGUCUUCCACAUGGGUGCAGGGGCCCAAACACUUGUGCCAUCCUCUGAUGCUUUCCCAGGCACAUUAGCAGGGAGUUGGAUUAGAAGUGGAGCAGCUGGGACUCAAAAUGGUGCCCGUAUGGGAUGCUGGCAUCACAGGCAGUGGCUUUACCCACUACACCACAGUGCCAGCCCCAUAUGUGGCCUCUUAACAGCAUAUUUUUGGCCUUUUCUUGAUGUAGAACAGAAAUGAAAAUAUCCUGUUGUCAAAACCAAGAUACGCCGGCGCCGCAGCUCACUAGGCUAAUCCUCCACCUUGCGGCGCCAGCACACCGGGUUCUAGUCCCGGUCGGGGCGCCAGAUUCUGUCCCGGUUGCCCCUCUUCCAGGCCAGCUCUCUGCUGUGGCCUGGGAGUGCAGUGGAGGAUGGCCCAAGUCCUUGGGCCCUGCACCCCAUCGGAGACCAGGAUAAGUACCUGGCUCCUACCAUCGGAUCAGCGCGGUGCGCCGGCCACAGCACGCCGGCCGAGGCGGCCAUUGGAGGGUGAACCAAUGGCAAAGGAAGACCUUUCUCUCUGUCUCUCUCUCUCACUGUCCACUCUGCCUGUCAAAAAACAAACAAACAAACAAACAAAAAACCACCAAGAUACAUCAACUGAUUGAGAGUAAAAGAACA